AUCGAUUUCGGCGACUGUUUCGAAGUGGCGAUGACUCGCGAGAAGUUCCCCGAAAAGAUCCCAUUCCGAUUGACCCGAAUGUUGAUCAACGCGAUGGAAGUGACGGGAAUUGAGGGCACGUAUAGAAUCACGUGCGAGAAAGUGAUGCGAGUUCUGCGCAACAAUAAGGACUCGUUGAUGGCAGUGCUCGAGGCCUUCAUUCACGACCCGAUCUUUUCCUGGAAACUCAUCGAAGCUCAACCGAAACUCAAGCAUUCGAUCGACCUCUUGGACGAAGACGAGGGCGCAGUCGGUGGUGCCCUCACCGGCGGCUCCGCCUCGAAAAAGCCUCCCCUCUCGACCUCCACGUCAACAAUCGGUGUCAUAUCCGAGAGCACAGGACUUCCGCACGAAGGGCUCAAUAAGAAAGCGUUAGCCGUUAUAAACCGAGUGCGCGAU